AUGUAUCUCCCAAGUGUCCACUUCAUUGGAGUUCUGCUGUCGUUAUGGAACAUUCCCAUAAUGGCAGAAUUCCCUUUGCUCUUUCCGGCAGCAUCCGUUUACCAGGUCACCUCCUCGCUUUCGGUGCCCGUGGUCAUUCCGGAUCGCAAACUCUUCUGGGAUUGGGGCAUUCAGAUGAACUAUGCCCUGCCCGCUCAGCCGUCCUCCUUCUACGCAGCCACCAUUUGGCCAGAUGAGUUCACGACGGGGAAGGCGUCAUUUGCGGAAUGAACCGCAAAGUAUCUGCCCGGAGGAGUUUCCACGAUUCAUCCCAGUGAUUUUACGGCCGGAGAGCUGUACGAGAGCCUGGAGAACAUGCUCGUCCGAUAUGGUUUCGAUGAGUCCUGCCUCCUGCGAAGUGUUUGUGCUGCCCGACAUCCUUUCAAAGACAUCGAAAACAACAUGCUCACCGCUCUGUUGACUUUUACACUGACUCCCUCUUUGCACGACGCUUUCGGCCCCGGAGAAAAUCUCUACCGGGAAGUUUACGAACAGGCCGAACAACAGGGAUUUCUAGGAAAGGAUUGUGGCCAUCUUUAUUCCAAUUGCUCCGUGGACUUCCUCAGUGGCAUCAGCAGCCUGUUGAGCUGA